GUUAAAGUCGCCGCGAAAUAUCAACAACUCAACUUCAAAGCGGUAGAAAUGUACAAAGUACAAAGUACAAAAGUGUCUCUGUCGGACCAAAUGUGAUAGCUGAGUGGGUAGAAAGUUCGGUCAUUUGGGUGUAGUGCUGUGUGGCUGUAAUGCAGCGGAGUAAAGCCGCCGUGAGUGUGGAGGUGAAGCAGGUGAUAGGAGCUCUGUGCAGACUGCUGACGGCCACCGGCCUGCAAACUGUCCCCGCACCGGAAACCUUCAGGCGGGCUAAAUUUGGUGGUGGACUCGAGGUGGAGGAUCAGUUUUGGCAGCUCCUCACCAACAUCCUUCAGACAGCUGGCAUUGUUUCCUGUGAAGCUGGUGCACAGCUAGGUGGAGCCCCAGAGCACUGGAAGCUGGUAGCUGCAGGCCUCUGGCAGACUGGAUACCAUGCUGACUGGAUGUGUGGCAGGGAGGGAAGAGAGGGGGGCAAGGGACAGAGUUUCUCCAGCAGAGACCUCCUCCUGGCGCUGGCCUGGCUGCUCGCUACUGGAACACUGGAGAAACUGCUGACACAGCGAGUGCAGCGAUUGGACAAAACAUUACUCACACCUCCACCUGUAAUGGUGAACCCUCAGCCGUCCGGUGAGCUCCAGUUAGACUCGGCAUCUCUGAGGAAACUUCAGUGGCUCAUUGGCUAUCUGAGAUACCAGUGGCGGACACUGCUGUCCAUGCAAGAAGAGCGAACUCGUCUGCUCCACGCUGUCUCUAUCGCCACCCUCCCCCCCCCUGCAUCCUCUGAUCAGAGCUCAGCAGUUCUAAGGGAGGACUGUGUUUGUAUGCGGCAGCUCUGUGAGCUCCUAGAAGCAUAUCUGAACUGGAGACAGGUGGAGAAAGUCUUCUGGACCUGGAUGGACAGUGUGGUGGACUGCCAUCUGACAGAUCCUGAUGUUGAGAAGCCUACACAUGCACCCAAUGGGAGUGUGAGAGUGUGUCACCACGGAAACCGGGGGCUGGAGAAAUUGGAGGAAAUGCUAUUGAGACUGCCCACAGGACAGAUUUACUUUACUUAG